UACCGGAGAAGAAAGAUGAGUCAAGGAGAUAAUACUUCUACUCCUCCUCCUGCUGAUGAUGUGAAUACCUGAAUGGACAUAAUGCAAAAGGCCAUUACGGAUAUGAGUUCCAUCUUUAAGGAUUAUCUUCAACAUCAGAACAACAAUAAUGCCCCACAAAACACUGGUGGCAAUUCACAGCAAACAGUGGACUCUAGAGAAGGAAAUGAGCAGUUGACAUUAGUGAAGCAAUUUCAGAAUAUGAACCUGCCUAGCUUCAAGGGAGUUCCUGAUCCCGAUGUGGCUGAGUCUUGGGUUAAGAAAUUAUAAAAGAUGUUCAAGCUCCUGAAAUGUACUGACGGGCAAAAAGUGGAGCUAGCAGUGUUCACAUUAGAAGGUGAAGCUGAUGAUUGGUGGACAGCUGCUCAAGAUGGGUUUUCUAAGAGAGGAAAGGAGAGGAGGUUACAUGGGACAAGUUUGUUCAAGCCUUCUAUCGAAAAUAUUUUUCUGCAGCUGUGUUGGAAAGAAAGGAACUGGAGUUCAUGAAUUUGAAGCAAGAUGACAUGACAGUUGAUGAGUAUCAAGCCAAAUUCAGUUCUCUUAUGAAGUUUGCUCCUCACCUUGUUAAUGAUGAAGUUAGAAAGGUAAGGAAGUUUCAAAGAGGGUUGAAAGCUUCCAUUAGGAACAUGGUGGUUCCUCAAAUGCUAAAGACUUAUGAUGAGGUCUUGGCCACGGCUCAAAUAAUUGAGCAAGAUAUGGAAGAGCAAAGAAUGGAGACUUAUGACUCAAAAGGCAAGGGAAAGGCUAUCAACACCCAUCCUUUCAACAAAAAGCCUGAACAAAGGGGAAAAAGGAAGAUCCCCGAAAGCAACCGACCAAGUUUUGAUCUUUGUAAGAGGUGCGGUAAGAAUCAUGGGGGAAAAGAAUGUUAUUGGCAGAUUGGGCCAUGUUUCAAGUGUGGGAAGACUGACCACUUGAUCAAGGAUUGCCCAGUUCUCAAGGGAGCAAGUCAGCAGCCAAAGGAUCAAGAUAAUAAGAAGCCCAGGGUUCAAGGAAGAGUUUUUGCCAUUACAGAACAACAAGCUCAAAACACUCCUACAGUUAUAAAAGGUAAAAUAUCUAUCUCUUUUGGGAAUGCCCAUGUGUUGAUUGACUCUGGAUCUACCCACUCAUUUGUGUCACCUAAGUAUGUGCCAUUUUUGCAUGUGGAGCCUGAAACCCUUGAUUGUGUGCUUGUGGUGAAUACUCCUUCUAAGGAGGUUUUAACAUCAAAAACCAUUUAUAGAUCUUGUAGAGUUAUGGUAGAGGGUAGAGUUUUGCUUGCCGAUCUGAUUUUGUUAGGGAUAGUGGAAUUUGAUGUCAUACUUGGUAUGGAUUGGUUGUCUACCCAUUAUGCCAUGGUUGAUUGUUAUGAGAAAGUGGUUACUUUUUCCGCUCCUAACCAGCCUGUGAUUCGGUUUGAAGGAGAAAAAGUUGGAUCAUUUCCAUUACUUGUUUCUUGCAUGCAAGCUGAUAAGAUGUUGCAGCAUGAGUGUUAUGGAUAUCUGGCAUAUGUUUUUGAAUCUAAAGACAAGCCGGUGUCUGUAGAAGGAAUUUGGGUAGUGGAAGACU